AUGCCGAAAACCGAUAUUGAACAAAACUCCAUUAAAUUAGAAGAGACCGAUAGCGCUAGAGCGACAAAUCCCUCAAGGUUUCAACGAUGGAAGGCACAUAUGAGGAAAUGGUGGUGGCUUUAUCUGAUCGGCUUGAGCUGUGCCAUCUUGGUCAUUAUUUUUCCAAUAAUCUACGUCGGAAUUCCUCGCUUUGCCAACGACCGUAUCAAUAAGGCUAACUUCGACCUUGAUGGCUUGUCUAUCACAAACCCAACGCCAAACUCUUUCCAUGUGCGACAAUCACAAACCUUCCAUGCGGGAAUGAGUAGUGGUGGGCAUCUCUCGGAGUUCAAUGCCACUAUGAGCUAUAAAGCCUCCGACACUCCCUUUGCCGAUCUUCAUUUCUCCCGUAUCAACUUUGGGGAUGACACUCGCCUUGAUAUCGAUCAGGACUUAGUCUUGUCUUGUGUGACCUGUUUCUCGCAGCUAGCUGAAGAAGCAAUUAGAAGCAAAGAAGUAGCAGUUCUUGUUACUGCGAAGCCUGACCUUAACAUUAAGGCACUGCCCACUGCCCAUUUAGACAUGCAUAAAACUGUGAUAUUACCAGAGUUCAUGAAACGUGAUGACGCAUUCAAUGUCACCAAGCUCAAACUCCUGAAACCAAGUUUUAAUGAUGAGUAUAAUGUCAAUGCCACCAUCGCCUUCAAUACCCCAGCUGCAAUAAAUGUUGAAAUGGGAACCGUCAGCCUCAAUCUCACAAUCGGAGACUCAACGCUGGGAUAUGUUGAUAUCCCCAAUUUAACCCUUCGAAACGGCACGUCCAACGCCGUCGUCCUAGGCAACUUGGACGUGAAACUUAUGAUACGAAAGGGGUUGUGGGAGAGUAGUAAUUCCGACUAUGGCAAAGUGACAAUCGGUAUCCACGGAAACCGGAGUUUGUAUAAUGGACAAGAGAUUCCCUACUUUACAGCGGCUGUCCGGGCAAUUUCGGCGUCUACGACGAUUAACCUCUUUGAUUAUGUGUCUGAUAUCCUGGGAGGAUCAAAGGAUUCUCUGUUUUGA